AUGGGCUUACAAAAGGUAAUUAACUCCGUCAUUGACAUGGCGCGGUGGAAAAAAUCACUAGCCUAUGUGGAACUUAUGGACUUCAUUGGAACUGUAAACACCGCAGUUGUAUCCAGGCCUAUUUCCGAAAAUCAAAAACACUCUGAAAAUAUUUCCAAAGUGACCUCGCUGAUCUCGAAACUUCACGAUCACGUGGAUGAAGUUCCCUUGGACCAAGACGCUCAACGGUUUGGCAACAAGGCUUUUCGUACUUGGUCCCACUGGCUGACGGAAAAUGCUGGAACAUUGUGUGCUGAAAUGCUGGGUGGCCUAGAAAUAUCGGAAAAUGACAAGGACGAAAUCGCCACCUAUCUUACCGAAUCCGUUGGGAAUUCUACUCGCAUCGACUACGGUACAGGUCACGAACUUGCCUUUAUUGCCUUCGUCCUGUGCCUUUUCAAAACGAAGUUUCUGCAGGCUCCGGAACCUCGACCGACGCCGGCAAAGCAAACAGACAACCAUAAUGCUGUGCUCGACGACACCUCGGCCGUGGCUCUGGUUUUGAUGCCCGCAUACCUAAAAUUAGUCCGCCGCCUGCAAACCUACUUCCGCAUGGAACCCGCAGGGUCACACGGCACAGGCCUGUACGAACCAAAGGCGAUACCUAGUCGAGAGGUGGCCACAAAGGAACGCGACGUGAAUUUACUUUUCUCCUGCACCGAUUACAUCUUUCAAGUUAAGUCUGGUCCCUUUGCUGAACACUCAAGCACUCUACAAAGUAUAAGCGAAAUACCACAGUGGGAAAAGGUCAACUCAGGAAUGCUUAAAAUGUACAAAGGAGAGGUGAUGGACAAGUUUCCAAUCGUCCAACAUUUCCUCUUCGGUAAUCUGCUCAAAAUCGACCCGGCUCCGCCGAGACAAAUGGCCCCUCCAACCAGAAACCGGAUACCGCCACCCUCACUGCACUCUGACGGUGGACUGUUUAGAAAACCAGUAUCACCGCCAUCAUCGAUUCCUCCUUCUGGUGAUCCGUAG